UCAGCAAAUGUACAACAGAAAAUCACUCCGUGGAAAAUAUUUCCUACGGACGAUGAAAGUUUACUUUCGAAACAACUUACUUUAAGCAACGGUAAAAGCCGAGAAGACGGUUUAAUCGUAGUAGCCAGUUUAAUAGAUAAAGCUGCCAACCUAGGAGGAUUAUGCAGGACUUGUGAAAUAUUAGGAGUAUCUCGGCUUGUAAUAAGUAAUAAAAAUUUUAUAGAAAAUCGAGAAUUUCAAAGUCUAAGUGUAACAGCUCAUAAAUGGAUACCAAUAGACGAGGUAGUACGGGUGGAAGAAUUAGAAGAAUACUUAAUAAGUAUGAAACAGUUAGGCUACUCCGUUGUCGGGGUAGAACAAACUGCCAAUAGCGCUGAUUUAACGAAAUAUGACUUUGCUAAAAGAUCGAUAUUAUUAUUAGGUAACGAAAGAGAGGGUAUACCGGUUCCGUUAUUAAAAAUGGUGGAUGAAUGCGUAGCAAUACCUCAAUUAGGAACGAUACGAUCAUUUAAUGUACACGUUACCGGAGCAGUUCUAAUUUGGGAGUAUAGCAAACAACAU